CUACUAGAGUGCUCGCCAGCACCUUGGUAGUUCACUGAGAACAACAAACCGUCAGCCACAAUGGCCAACAGAAAGUGCAGGUACAGACACAGACAUGGGCAGACUGACCAUUGGGAAACUCAGGCACUGCCCGAGGGCCCGGAGUCAGUAGGGGGCCCCAUGAGAUGCCCCUGGUACCUUUUUCAUAGGCUUUUUUGAGUUUGGGCAAGGACACAGGGGCCCCAUGAUCCUCUAUUGCCCUAUUGCCUGGGGGCCCCAUGAGUUGUC